GUGCGCGCGCCGCUGGAAUUAUUAAUUGCCAUGACAACAAGGUUCAAAAUGCAAAGUGGGCACCAAUUAGAAUAUCAUGUAUUCAGGUGGACUUCGAGUUCAGCCGCACAUUCGCGGGCACAUAGCAUCUUGCAACGGUCGAGUGGAGUUGGUAAAGACUCAAGUCGAGUCCUACCAAAUGGGGGGUGACGUCAUUGCCCUAGAUACCCAGGAGCUGCAGGCACGGGGCGAGGAGACGAGGAGAAUGAAAGAGGAGCGGUUGUUGGCAUUUCAGAGAGACGUCAAGGAGAGAGUGCGGAGGAAAGAGCGAGCUAGACUGAACAAGGUCUCGGAUACCGCCAAUACCCAUCAUAUUAAGAAAGAAACAAGAAGUUUUUCAGCAAAAAGAAGACCCUUGAUGCAAGGGAGGGGGACCCCUGUAAUUAGUGAGGUAGAAGUGACAGAGGCAGGGUCAGCAGUUCAGAGAGCUAGACUGAGUCUUCUCUCUGCCAGUAGACCAACCUCUCCCCCUCCCCCAGCUCCCUCAACACCAGAGAGAGGAGAAGAGCCAUGUGGCGAAGUCCUCACCCCAGCCACUCUUCCUGCCUCACGCUGCUGCGGACACAGAUCAGCUGGCAGGAGGUUCACAGCUCCUGAUAGACUGGCUCUGGACCGACGCAGGAGCCAGGCAAGGCAGCUGCACAUGUUCCACAGACUGUACUCUCAUCUGGAGAGGGAGGAAGCACGCCAGCGACGAGUGAGACUGGCUCUGCAGGGGAGCGCAGAGCAGAGGAAGAGAGAGAAUGAGAUCCAGCGACGGAUGGCUGAGGAAGGGGAGGAGGAGGACGGGGUGGCGGUGAGUGUGGGGAGUUGGGAGGAAGAGGAGAGGGAGAGGCUGGAGGUGUGGGAGCAGACACUGGCUCUUGAGAGACGCAGACACCGACUCCAAGUUGCCAAGGAGACGGAGCGUUACUUGGAGGCUCUGCGUGCCCAGCUGCGAGACCGGCUUGCGUCCUGUCCCACUCCUCCUCCUCCUCUCUGCUCCUGUGGCUCCAGUCUCUGGGACACCCAUCCCCUCACCUGUGCCAACAACUGCCCCUUCUACCAAAACCCUAGAGCAUAUGCCAGUGCACUCAGCAACCUUCUUGCAUCUCUGAAAUUGUGACUUUGUGCAUGUGUAUAUCAAAAGUAAAAUCGUAAUCGUCAAUUGUUCUAAUUUAGCGAAAGAGC